AUGAAAAGGGAAUUGGAGCUGGAUCCAGGUACGACUGUAAACUGGAACACCCUUCUGAAAAAAGUGUGCCUUUUUAUGGAAAAAAAAGACAAAAAUAAGAUUGGAGGAAAAGGGUUUACUGUAGAGGUUAAUGAAACCCUUUUUCCCAGAAGGAAAAAUCAUGCCGGAAGAAUGCUGGGGCAGCAGUGGUGCUUUGGAGGGAUUUGCAGGGAGACUAAAAAGUGUUUCGUAGAGCCUGUUGCGGAUCGGACUUCAGAAACGUUGAUGAAGGUGUUGAAGAGAAAGGUGGCGGCAGAAAGCCUAAUAAUCUCAGAUAUGUGGAGGAGAUACUCCCAAGUAAGUGCUUCUGGGUAUGAGCAUUUGAAGGUGAGCUACAAGUAUAAUUUUGUGGAUCCACUGACGAAUGCUCAAACCCAAAACAUUGAAAGGGUCUGGAGGUCAGUGAAGGAAAGGUCCAAGAAGCAUAAUGAGACACACAGAAACAUGUUGAAGAGAUACAUGCAUGAAUUUACUUAG